AUGAGACUGCUGAGAUUGGUGUUGCUGUGCAGAUGUGCAGCAGAGACUGCAGAACCUGCGCAGGCACAAGCAUUGAUGCAGACAGCCUCCAGUGCCCUGCCAACGGUGCACACACGCCUUGAAAACUCGGUUGCUGAUUUGGACGAGUCCACGCUGAUGCACGAGGAGGAGGACGUCAGGAAUGACGCUGGAGAGAUCAGAUCUGCUUUGGAAGUGGCCAAGGAUGAUUUCGGUCGAUACAAUGCCUUUGGCCUCUUUGGCCUCUUGCCGCUGCUUCUGGCUGGCUUGCUGCCCUUUGCAACGCGGCAAGGGCAUGCGCCCAAGGGGCCCAAGCUGCCCAAAGAGCCGAAAGAGGAGAAAGAUGGGAAGGAGAAAGUUGAGGCGCGCACCUGUGAAAGGGACAGCUUCGGUUGCACAGCCCUUCAUUUGGCAGCGCACAGAGCGGCGGCAGAUGAGGUUGCAGAGCUUUUGCAUGACGAUGUCGACGUGGAUUCCCGUGAAGCCUGGGAUGAGACGCCUCUGCACAUGGCAGCGCGCGCAGGCAGUCUGGCCUGCUGCAAGCUCUUGCUUGGCGCCAAGGCAGACUUGAAUGCAUUGAACGCAGAUGGCCGAACUCCAAUCCUACUUGCCUGUGACGAGUCGGUGUGCGACUAUCUUUUGGAUCUUGGCGCUGCCUUGCCCUGUAAAGACGAGGAUCUGCCUCCAACCCUCAGCUCCCUAAUCUUGCGUCGCCUCUUGUGA